UGUUGCCGUGCGCUGUAAUUCGUGCAGUGUCGUUGCGGAUGAAACUGAGUCUUGAGGCGCCGCAUUACGUUGCGUGCCUGCCUGCGCGUAUGUGUGAGUGAGUGAUUGAGCGAGCGAGCGAGUGUGUAUAGUGCGUCCGUGUAGUGGUUGCUGUUGCUGUGCUCAAAGCAAAGGCAGCAAAAAAGAUAACAUAAAGCAAAGUAAAAGAGCCACAGUGAAAGAUCAGCGCACACAUACGUGCACACUCACACACACACACAAUCCCAGCUUGCUUGCAAUAAAAAUAAAGUAGAGAAAAAUUGUGUGAAAUGGAAUAGCAAAAGGAAAUUAAAACACACACACACACAUAUAGUGUGUAUAUAUAUUUAAAACGGAAUUUAAUGAAGCCGCAAAAACUGCCAAAUAAUGAAAAGCUGUGCGAUGCAUAAAUGAAAACUAAACGAGUGACGUGUAUAAAAAAGACUUCUAGCUUCAAAGCGAAGUUCACAGUAUAAGGCACAAUAAAAUAAAUAUCAAAAACAAAAUAAUGUCACACAAGACGGGCACACGACGUGCCACAGAUCUGGAGUGUCCACUGGCAUCGCUUGGACGAACUAGCAAUGCGGUGCGAGAUCAACUGGCGGCGGCGCAUUACCAUCAUCCGCAUCCUUUGAGCUCCAGCCCGUUGGAUCCGCAAGCCUAUAAGAUGUCACGAAAGUCACCAAAUAUCGGAUUGAACGAUACAGCUGACAGCGCCGACCUCUAUCCGCGUGCUUCUCGCAGCUCCACGCCGCAUAGCGAGCAGCAGACGCCAACGACAACGGCCACAACAGCCGCUGUGCUGCAUAUGGUGCAACAGAAGGCGGCCACAUUCGAGCUGCGUGGCCGGCACACGCGACACGAACAGUCCUCCACCUAUGGCGCCCACUCCACCGCCUCUGUGGGCAGGCAUGCGCAACUGAAGAAGUCGCCGGAGCUGCAAACGCUGCCCGCUCCGGCGACCAGAACCAUAGCUCCAGUGCCACAGCCGCGCAACUUUCUGACACUCGACUGGUUGCAUGGCAAUAGCGCCGAUACCGAAGACUCCAGCGACAACAAUGUUGGCGGCGGCGGCAGCAGAAGACGUGGCCAAGCCCAAGGCGGACGCUGCAGCGUACCCACGGUGUUGAGCAAUGGCAACAGCAGUGCCCAAUAUCUGCUGGACAAGAAGAUGGAGUCCCUGUAUCUGGGUAACGCGUUGCGUGCUCUGCCGCUGGGAGCCGAGGCGAGUCAGUAUCAGAACGAGCGUUACUACCUGGAGGACUACAGCAGCGGGAGCGGCAACGAGCGAUUACCAGAACGCCUGCAUCAUCCGCGCAACUCCAGUCCCAGCGAGACGAGUGGCUCGGAUCGCUAUUUGCUCAAUCGCAGCACGAAUUCGCCCGCCAAUGCCUUCCAGCUGGACCAUCAUCACACCAAAGUGCAAAGCCUCUCCGAUGGACUGUGCAAUAUGGGUCGUUUUUCACCUAGCCUGGACCAAGGCUAUGCCACACUGGUGUCGCCAUCGCCCACUGGCCAUCAUCCGAGCAGUACGGCGGGCAUAGUAGUGAACAGCAAUACAAAGAAUAGCAGCCCAAACAUUGUUAGCGGCGGUGUCAUCGCUAGCAGCACUCCCACCACAACUCCGCGUCGUGGCUUGACCAACAACAGCGGCACGGUCAAUGGCACAGCCAUCGGACCGCCGCCCUGGAACCGGAAGGGUCCCUUUCGCUGUGGACCGUACUUUGACCGCCUGCCCGACGAGGCCGUUGUGCGCAUUUUUAGCUGGUUGGAUAGCUGCGAGCUGUGCAAUGUGGCACGCGUCUGUCGUCGCUUUGAGCAGCUCGCCUGGCGCCCUGUGCUGUGGAAGUGCAUCACGCUGCGCGGUGAACAUCUCAAUGGCGACAAGACGCUGAAGAUGAUCUUCCGCCAGUUGUGUGGACAGAGCUGCAAUGGCGCCUGCCCAGAGGUUGAGCGCGUUAUGCUUGCCGAUGGGUGCCGCAUCUCCGACAAAGGUCUACAGUUGCUAACGCGUCGCUGUCCAGAGCUAACGCAUCUGCAGCUGCAGACCUGUGUUGAUGUUUCCAAUCAGGCAUUGGUCGAAGCGCUAACCAAAUGCAGCAAUCUACAGCAUCUGGAUGUGACAGGUUGCAGUCAGGUGAGCAGCAUAAGUCCAAAUCCUCAUGUGGAACCACCGCGUCGUUUGCUCCUUCAAUAUCUGGACCUAACCGAUUGCAUGGCCAUCGACGACAUGGGCCUCAAAAUUGUGGUCAAGAACUGUCCACAGCUGGUGUAUUUGUAUCUGCGACGCUGCAUUCAAAUUACUGAUGCGGGUCUGAAAUUCGUGCCAAGCUUUUGUGUUUCGCUGAAGGAACUGAGCGUUUCGGAUUGCGUCAACAUCACGGACUUCGGUCUGUACGAGCUUGCGAAGUUGGGCGCCGCCCUGCGAUAUCUCUCUGUGGCCAAAUGCGAGCGGGUUUCUGAUGCGGGUCUGAAGGUUAUUGCUCGGCGAUGUUACAAGCUGCGCUAUUUAAAUGCACGCGGCUGCGAGGCGGUCAGCGACGAUUCCAUCACAGUGCUGGCUCGGUCCUGUCCCCGCCUACGCGCCCUCGACAUUGGCAAGUGCGAUGUGAGCGAUGCGGGUCUGCGUGCCCUCGCCGAGAGCUGCCCAAAUCUGAAGAAGCUCAGCCUACGCAAUUGUGAUAUGAUAACAGAUCGUGGUGUUCAAUGCAUUGCCUAUUAUUGCCGCGGCCUGCAGCAGCUCAACAUACAGGACUGUCAGAUAUCCAUCGAGGGCUAUCGAGCGGUCAAAAAGUACUGCAAACGCUGCAUCAUUGAGCAUACGAAUCCGGGCUUCUGUUGAGCCAAAUAAUGCUGGAGCUAAAACUGGCACGUUAAAGCAAAGAGGCAGGCCAUAUGAGCUAAGAUGUUCUAAACAAUAAAUACAUGCACACACAAACACAUAUUAUUAGCUUGUAAU